UAUAUUCUCGUUCCCAAUGAAGCAGAGGCGUUUGUUGAAGCUCUUAAAUUUCAAGAUUAUAGCUUAUUUGGAACGGAGUCAUGGUAUAAGCAACACGCUUAUCUAGACAAAUUGAACAUGCAGGCAGUUGCGUCAGCUCGAUCAGGAACUGAUGAAUUCGUCAAGGAGUUUAUUAUUUCCCAUCAAAAAAUUGGCUUUCUUGUCCGAGACCUUAUAUCCACUGAGCUGUGGCACCGAAAUUCCUUUAAUAAAGUUUUAAAAAAAAUCACAGAAAAUAUACCCACUUUCCCUACAUAUGCGGUCCUUUAUCACGAACUUAUUUUAACGAAUUUACUGGAAACGAUCAGUUAUCAUGUCGAUGUGGUUGAUAGCUUAAGUGAUUGUGCAAUUGACCUUAGUGAUUGGUGCUACAGAGCCCUUUGUCGCUUGGUAACAAUGACAGUCAAUGAGGAAAAGAAAGCCACAAUUAGAAAUUUAAAAGAUCAGACGAAAUCUUCGGAGUCUAGUCAGGAAGAACUGGAACGUCAGGCUUCAAUAAUAAACUUUGAGAUUAGCAUGAAGGCGAUAGCACUGACAUGCCAUUUAAUAGGACAUUGUUGCAGUGGGAUUGAUGGUGCAUCAUCUUCUCUUCCUUUGGGAGUUUCUCGAAGAAUUCUACAUACACACGACUUCCUCUGUUUACUCUGCAACAUUCUGAUACUAUCUCCCUGGUCCUGUCAAGAGGUAGAUUCUUCAGGAUGUCGAACGAAUUAUCAGUGGCAUGAAUCUGGCUGCUGGAUAGCAGAAAAUGAAAAGAAUUGGUCCUCAGUGACAAAGACAGAAGGACAGGUUUGGUUGUCAAUUUAUCAGCUACUUUUCUCUGGUUUAAUGCGAGAAAUGAAUUACGAAAUUAUUGGAAAUAGUGUUAGACGUCAGGCUCUACUUAGUUUGAGGCCACUUCUUACAGAAACUCGGCUUGACGUUAUUCCAGUUCUUGGUAAAUUACGGCGUUUCUUGGAAGAAUAUGCUAUGUCUGAAAGCGCCGCUACAAAUAUUGCUCGCACAUCUGGUCCUAAGUACUCUGCAGUAGCUGUUGCUCAACUCUGUCAUAUUGAAGAUGUGGCUGAAAUUCAUGACGGAAUCUUACAUAGAUAUAGGGGCAAAUGGAAAGCAAUUGCAGAGGAAUUUAUUGCCAAUAUUCUAUCGCAAGAUGGCUGCGAGGCGGCUAAGCGUGCUGCAUUGAACUGGGCAGAUGCAUUCUCAGAGGAAAAUGUUGGAGUCCUUUUUGGUGCUCAGCCCGUGAAUGUCGCAUCUGGAGAAGCCGAUUCGUUUGAACAUCCACUUCUGCGUGCUCCUAGGUGUGUUGUUUGUAGAGAAGUGGCUACUAAACGAUGUUCAAGAUGCAAACAUGAAUGGUACUGUCGUCGACAAUGCCAGGUUGAACAUUGGCCACGACAUAAAACGGCAUGCGAUAUUCUUGUAUCAGCGAAUGAUAAUUAG